AGCAAAUUCCACUGUUGUGGAAAAUCCUUAUUGUGUCUAGCUCCACAGAUAAAAAUAUAUUUACGUUUGAAGCAUACGGUGUGAACUUUGAGGACGUUGAUUGAACACUGCAAUGCAAAUUACUAUAACAUAAGUGUUUAAAUUAGACAUAGUGCCAAGAACAUGGCCGAUACCGUCGUCUUUCAUGCUCAGCUAGCCUCCAUCAUUGAGGUUUUGGCGAAUGCAGCCGUUGCCGAAAUCUGCAAACUUGUAGAUGACGGACAUGCUGCCUUACGUUUGGAAAUUUCCCAUAGUCAGAAAGAAAUCGAUAACCUGCGGAGGAAGCUGCUUUUGACAAAAUACCAGAGUUCUCAACAGGGCACAGAGAAAUUCGGAGCCCUGCGACGCACAGUUCACUGUCGCGACACCAAUCGUGUUGCCCGAGCAAGAGGGAGCUUAGUAGGAAAGUCAUCAGACAGACUUAGAUAUUUGGAGAAUUGUUUUGCCGACAGUGAAAGGGGCAAGUUAACGCAGGAUGUCACCAACUGGAGAGAUUCAGGACGCACAGCGACAUACCAGGAUGGGAGCAUGCAGAUGGCAGAUAUGCGAGAGGCACCUCGUAUCAAAAUGGAGAACCAUGGCACCAGCAGAACGGAAGAGAUUGUCCAACCAGUCAGUGAGAGCACUGUAGCAGAACCAGGUUCUUCAUCAUCUACUGAAACCACAGACAUUCUGGACCAGCAGGGCAACAGACACAGAGCUCCAGACACCUCACUCAAUAUAGAACCUGAAAACCAGACGUUCCAGCAUCCAGCAUCACAAUACAGCAGAGCAAGACAGGACCAUCAGGUUGCUGAGGGUGUGACCUGGGAAACUGACCAUCAACCCAUAGAAUACAGCCUGUCCCAAUGGACAGAGCACCAAGAGACUGACAACCCAACUGUGAAUGCUCCUCACAAUUCCGGGCCAGACUCCAAAAGGCUGUCUGAACAUCCAGAGAGGAGAGGGGUGCCUGGUAACUCUGGGGUCUACAUGUCUGCUUCAGGCUCUCUGGACAGGCUGCCUGAUGUGGUGCUGGUGGACUCAGUUCCCAUUAAAGUGGAGGCAGAUAUGAGUUCAGAAUGGAGCAUAACUGGCCAAGAGGCGACAUCUGGAGAGGUCUGUUCAGAAAGCAGGCAACAUGUGGACAACAGAGGAAGAGGGGGAAUGGAGUCUGGACAGACAAAGUGUCCCCCUGACACUCAACAUGCAGAGCAAGGGACAACUGUAGGAUCAAGGUCCAAGAUGUCAGAUUUCAACAGAAUGUCCUCCCCAAACAGCUUUUCAUCCCCAAGUGUUACUCUUCCCCAAAGAGGGAAGCCAGCCCCCUUCCUGAAUUUCAAUAUAAGCACCACUUCUUCAUCGAAAGGCAUAGAAAAGCAGCCACAACAGCUGACGUCUCACUCGCCCAAGAGUCAGCUCCGGUGCAGCCUCUGUGGAAAGCCUUUCCCUCAGCCGGCGCACCUGCGGAGGCACAUGCGGGUUCAUACGGGGGAGAAACCGUACGGCUGCAGCCACUGCACCAAGCGCUUCUCCCACAGCCACCAGCUGAAGAUGCAUGAGAGAGUCCACACAGGAGAGAAACCAUUUCACUGUGUCUACUGUGGGAAGUGCUUCACCCAGUCCGGCCACAUGAAGAAGCACCUCCUUGUCCACACUGGCGGCAGGCCACAGGACGUUGUGCUGCCCUGAGGGUUCCAGGGUGAAGUUCCGACUAGAUACAGAUCUAGGAUCAGCUUCCUCUCUCCCAAUCCUAACCUUUACCACUUAUGGAAAAAAAAUGCUAAACUUACCCAACAUCAGCAUCUAGGGGCAACUUCACACUUCUCCACCCGGCAUAAUGAUAGGCAGUGCCAGGAGUUUUUCCUCACCACGUGACAAGACCAAGGAAAAACUCCUGGCCCUAGUUGUAAGGGGAAUGGCUCCACACUAUUGGGGUUUUCAUAUGAACACUGGGUCCAUGUGUUUUUAACAGUUUGGAUGUUUUCCACAUUGAACACGACCCUCUGUGUGUAGUGGUAGUGUUUUCAGGUCAGCUGUCUUGAUGCUUGGUCCGGAGUGGAUUGAUAAUGUAUAAGUUAUUACAGGUGAAGAUUUUAAACAUCCUCAUGAAUUUGUAUUGGUGCAGUGGUGAACCAAAGAACAGCAUUUAAGAAUUCAGGAAGCUCUGGACGGGUGCCUGGGUGAGCAAAGCCUGUUGGUGGUUGAGAGCUCGUUGCUCGGCUCUUCUCUUACCUGAACGCAGGGAAGAGGAGGAAGGUUCAGGGAAGAGGAGGAAGGUUCAGGGAAGAGCGCAACGGUGACCUCUUUUCUGGACAUCGACAUGGCAGAAGAGCAAAGCGACAGUUUCACGGACACCAACACAGUCCUGGCACUGUAAAUGGACAUGGUGACCUAGCUGGUGCAAGUAGAGAGAGUGCUGACUGGAAUGGUAGGCUGUCAGUGGUUGGGUUUAUAGAACUAUCUUCAUACCCCUUUACCUUCUUCAUCAUAUUCAGCCUCGGAAACCAUAUGCUGGUUUUUGAGUCCCAGAAUUGGAAUGAAUUGAAUUUGAACCCAAUCAAUUCAAUCAGAGUUCUCUCUGGUUUAUUCCUUUCCAUUCUGACUGUUUUGAGCGGGUUUGGCAGGUUAGGAUGUGCAUCAUCACUGUAGACCUGGGGUCUUCAACCUUUCCUUGCCCAGGGAUCCCCGCCCAGGCAAACCGGCCAACCAGGGAUCCUCAUCAUAUGUUAGCAAAACAUUUUUCACAUGUCUUAUCAUCAGGAGAAUGGCAGGGAGAAGUUAUCAAAAUUUUAAAAUAAACAUAAUUUUUUAAAGAA